GCCAAAGGCAGACGCUUGACGACUGAGCCACGCAGGCGCCCCAUGUUUUUUUAUUACAAUCUUAAAUACAGAAUUUGAAUCAAGACUCUAGAUGCCUGCCUGCAGACUGAGCCCUUCCCAAUUAAAUAGGGAGUCUCAUUUUAGCAUGUGCUGGUCAAAUCUUUAGUGUCAAGUUCCCGAAUGUGGUGUUAUUCUGUCCUCUUCACACUUACAUUUAAAUUUUUAUUUGAUCCAAGGAAUGCUUAACCCGCCUGUUUUGCUAGCUUAGACUUAAAGUGAGCUUGGAAAGAUUUUAUUUUUUAAAAUGGAAUCAUACAUUUUGGAACUGAGAGGGACAUUGGAGAUGGAUGGGUCCAACCACAGAGACUAACCCUAGGUCACACAGCUAUUAAUAUGAUAGCUGGGACCACAACCCCAGUGGUUUUCUGACUCCCCCGCGAAGUUAUCUGUCUCCUAAAGGAAACAGCCUGGAUAGCUGUCCAGAAGGCCAGGAAACAGUAGCUACUGCCUUUCUGUUUUGUUUUUCCUUUAAAAGUGUUUGCAAACAAGCUUCCUGUUCUGUGUGUACCUUCUCUGUGGUUCACAAGCUGGGACUCACUGUUUUGGCAGUGGGAGGCAGUGUUGUGUAGAAGAAGGAGCCUGGUCUUUCCCGCAGGUUCUUCUCCCUUCCUGCUUUAGCUAAUACCACCUUGCCUGAGUCACUUCAUUUUCCAGUUGUUUAAAAAGAGUGUUGUGACCACUGAAGGAUAUGAAGCAUAGUAUGAAUCGCUAACAUUUACUGAGUUCGUGACAUAAACAAGGCUCUAAGAGCUUUGCCUCAUUAUCUCCUUCACAACUACUCCAGAACAUCGAUGUUCCUCUCUCUGUUUUACAGAUGAGGAAACUGAGGCCCAGCCAGAUUAAGUAAUUUUCCCCAAGGUCAUAGAAUUUACUAGAAAGGAAGCCAGCAUCUGACUCCAGACCCUACUUUCCUAACUAUGAUGCCUGCCCCAAAGUAGGCUCGGGCUAUAGUAGUUGAAUCUGAAGCAACAUGAAGAGGCUGCUCAUCAAUCAGGGAGGCUGUCUAUUAGGCACCUCAUGUUGGAGGUUCAAGGUUGCAUUCCUGAUCUCCCCUCACCCCCCAGGCCUGCUCCUCUGAGUCCUACUCAGCUUGGCGUCUGAGGUGCUCAGGCCAGAACUCUUGGUGCCCUCCUUGCCUCCUGUCUUUCCCUCAUAUUCCACAUCCGGCCAGUCGGCCAAUUCUGCCGACUUCACCUACAGCUGUGGUCAGAAUCGGACCACUUCUCAGUAGCUCUACCUCUACACCUCUGGUACCCAGCCACCAUCAUCCUGUUGCCCGGAUUCUCGCUGCAGCCCCCCAGCUCGUCUCCUUGCUUCCAUCCUUAAUACCCUGCAGUCUUUUCUCGGCGCAGCAGCCAAAGGGAUCCUGUUGUAAAAAGUAAGUCGUAAGUCGGAUCGUUUCACUCUGCUCAGAACACUCUGAUGGCCACCAUCCCACUCUGAGUAAAAGCCUGUGGUCCUAGAGUUUCUACUUCCUGUCUGCACCGUCCUCUCUCCUUACCUCUAUGCCUCAUCUCUGGAUUUGCCCCCUUGCUCCCCUGGCCUGCUGGCUUUUCCUGAAACACCAGGCACAGCCCUGAUGCAAGGCCUUUGUGUUUUUUCUUCCAAGUCUACUCCAGAACAUCGAUGUUCUUCUCUCCGUUUUACAGAUGAGGAAACUGAGGCCCAGUAAGAUUAAGUAAUUUGUGCUUUUGCUCCCUCGCCUCCUUCAGGUAUUAGCGUAGAUGCCACCUCGGUGAGCCUCUCCUCGGCCCUCGAUUUAAAAUGGCACCUUGCCCCUCCCCUGCCUCUGGCACUCCCUAGUCCCUUCCCUUGUUUUAUCAUCCCUGUAACGCUUCACCACCACCUAGGGUACUGUUUGGCUCAUUUAUUUGCUGACUGCCUCUAUUUCCUUUUCUGGAAAAUGGGGGGAAUGUUGAUAACAGCACUUAACUCAUGGGUUGUUCAGAGAUCGAAUGAGUUAAUACAUGAGAAGACUUUAGAACAGUGUCCCCCCAUGUAAAAAGCAUUAUAUCUGUGUUAACUAUUGUUUUCUUCUUAUUAAGCAGUGUGCUGGGUAAUGGAUAUAAAUCUUACCCUCAAAAAACGUAGUCUCUAGCAUAGAAAAGCAGAAUGAUUACUGCUUUCAAUUUGUAGUUGCUCAAUAACUACAAUUUCAGCACCGAUGAAUGAUGGCCAGUGCUUCUGGUCUGAAAUACUUCCCCGGACUAACCAGAUAUUCUCACUGCAAAUUUAAAGCCUAAAGAGUUGAAGUUCAGAGAUAGAGUUCCCACAUCAAUUGUAAUUCAAGCAUGUGCAUACCCCUUGGCUUUAAGGAACAAGUAUAAUGGCUUGUGAAGAAGUUGAAAAUACUCCCUGGCUGAGUUAUGGCUGUCCAGAGCCACACAGGUCUGGGCUGUAAAUGAUUAUCACUCAGGGCACGGGGUGGUGGGGACCAUGCCAUGUUGACUUAACCCCACAUUACAUGGUGAUGCUUUAGCUAGUUGGUUUUCCCGGAGUGUCUCAGACCCACUGGCAGUAAAUUAGCUUCUUCAGUCUCAAGCUUGUCAUGAACAAGUGAUUUACUACCAGCAAGUGAGUACUUUAUUUCCAAAAGGGAACAUAUUUUUCUCAUCAUGCUCCAUUCAUUUUUGAAUGCUUGCUUAUCAUUAUAAUUAUUCACUUUUCAAGCCUGUGCCAUAGAUACACACACACACACACACACACACACUCAGCUGCAAUUUGCCCACAAUCAAGGAUGUGUUGGAUCCUUCCACUCUGAGCAAUGUCCACCUUGUUCUUGGUUCAUUUGUUUGGUGAUUAAGUACCUGUAUGUCCAAGCAGACACUUCCUUAUCUUCAUGAGCUUAUAUUUCAGGAGCCGAGAUCGAGCCUCUUCCUUAUUUCUCCCAAAUUGACAAUCUUUUCUUCAUAGAGAAUAUCUUAAAAGUACCCAGAUAAUCUAAUUCUAAUGAAUAAUAGUGCAGGAUAUCACUCUGAAAUAUCAGUGGAGUGGCUCCCAGCCAGCCAGACAAGCUCGCUUUCUGUAAGUCAGAAAUAUUUAGGAGGCCAGGGCAAAGCAACGUCUCCCUUGAACCAAAGGAACUUUCUGGAUAGUUACACUUCCAGGACCUGUUUACACUGGGCAUGUAAGCGCAAUCAUGGUCAGGUGGUCUCUUACUUAUUACAAUCAGGAGCUGACAAAGAAAUUCUUACGACAAAAGGAGAAAUGCCAGUGCAAUUGACAUCAAGGAGGGAAAUCAGGAAGAUCAUGGGAGUGGAAGAAGAUGAUGGUGCCGACAGCCUCCCCCAGCUGAAGAAGGAGUCAGAACUGCCCUUUGUUCCCAACUAUUUGGCCAACCCAGCCUUCCCUUUCAUCUACACCCCUGCGGCAGAGGAUCCAGGCCAGCUACAGAACGGGGGCCCCUCCACACCUCCGGCAUCGCCCCCUGCGGAUGGCUCUCCUCCCUUGCUCCCUACGGGGGAGCCUCCCCUGGCCGGGGCCUUUCCACGGGACCACACCUCUCUGGCAUUGGUUCAGAACCGGGACGUGUCUGCCCCCUCUGCCAUUCUCCGAACACCAGAAAGCACAAAACCAGGUCCUGUCUGUCAGCCGCCAGUGAGUCAGAGCCGCUCACUGCUCUCUUCUGUCCCGCCCAAGCCACCAGUGUCUCUGGAGCCUCAAAAUGGGACAUAUGCAGGACCAACGCCAGCAUUCCAGCCGUUCUUCUUCACGGGGGCAUUUCCAUUUAAUAUGCAAGAGCUGGUACUCAAGGUGAGGAUUCAGAACCCAUCUCUUCGAGAAAAUGAUUUCAUCGAGAUUGAACUGGACCGACAGGAGCUCACCUAUCAAGAAUUGCUCAGAGUGAGUUGCUGUGAGCUGGGUGUGGAUCCAGAUCAAGUGGAGAAGAUCAGAAAGUUACCCAAUACUCUGGUGAGAAAGGACAAAGACGUUGCUCGACUCCAAGACUUCCAGGAGCUGGAACUGGUUCUAAUGAUAAGUGAGAACAAUUUUCUGUUCAGAAAUGCUGCAUCCACACUGACUGAAAGACCUUGCUACAACAGGAGAGCUUCCAAACUGACUUACUAAUGCAGCAGGGACUUUUAUUGCUGAGUGUUGUGACAGUGCGCAUCCCCUCUGGGCCAAGGACAAGCCAUGGAUCGAAAUGCCUUGGGCGCCACCGUGUAGUAUACACUAACAUCGUUCUGCCAAGGUAGGAAGCCCCUGACCCCCCCCCCCCAGCAGCGGUGCCACUCUUCCAAGCCUCUUGGUGCACAAUAAACCUAUUGCUUGAAGCUGUGAACAGCUGAGAAGUGGUCUGGAGAGGCAGAAGCCGGCCGUUCUGUUUUCGUGUGCCCCAUGUCAGUGAGCUGUCCAAGCAGACGCGGAGAGUGCGGAGCCUGUUUGCAGCCACUCCUGCGGGUGGUGCACCUGCAGGGCGGACAUGCUCUCUUGGUGUCGCCUGCUCCCGCCUCCCCCCCCACCUCUCCUGAAGCAGGAGCUGGUGACAGAGGAAAUUGGGGAAAGCACAGGUACUGGGCAAAAGAAUUUUAGUGUGACUAGUGGCUGUGAGGUUUCACAUACCAUAUUUAUAAAUGUUACUCAGGUUCAAAGUAUUUAAGAAUACAGUUACCUAGUUGUAAGUAUGCUGUUAACCAAAAGAGCUGCCCCUCCUCCCCCCUUUGUCUUUUGUGAGCCCCCAAGCCUGCUUCUGUCUCUAGUCCGCCAUUGCCUGGACAGUCAUUGCUGCAUUAACUCUGUGGCCACUAGAGGGCUCUCUGACGCCUUCCAAAAGAGCAACGCUUUUUUUUUGUUUUCUUGCUUUUUUUUUUUUUCCACACUUUUUAAAUCUCCGAAGCGAUUCCUGUCCUCUCCAUGUUUAAUUGCACCGUCUGAGAAGAGCACAAACAUUGCCGGCCCGUGUUCUCCACUUUCAUUUCCCACUAGAAAUGAAAAGCAAUUUUUGAAACCGAAUCUGUUGCUAUUUUAAAGGUUAUCGUGGGAAACUGAGCUAAAGGAGUUAGCAUCUUUAUUUUUGUAUCAAAGAUAAGGGUUAUUUUGAAAUUAUUAGGAUUUUUACACAACUCUGAAAUCUGUUGCUUUUUGUAUAAACAAAUUGUUUGAUCCUAGGGCUCCCCGACUACCACCACCAGUCCACUUGACAAAGCCAGUUGUGAGUUUCCCAGGCUUUGUUCUGGAAGACACUGAUUAAACUCUUGAGCAUGGCAUACGAAUGUUUUUAAAGAGCGCAUUCAAGAAUUCUUUUCCUUUCCUUCCGUGUCAUUACUGUUCAAAGAGCCACUGUCUUGUUGAGACAAACAGCGUAACUUUAGAAAUAAGAACGAGCACACUUAGACAAACAGGAGGGCAGGGGUUUGAAGCUGGCUGUUGAAGAGCGUCCCUGCUGUCUUAAGAAGCUUUUUCCCCAUAGUGCCUAUAGUUUCCAAAGAAACUGGACUUCCUAACUGUGUUAAUUUUAUUGGAACACUGCGACGACUGAGCGAGAACAUGCAGAAGCUGUCAGUGGAAGAGAGUGUUGUGCUGAGCUAAUGGUCUCCUGCUGCUGCUCGGUGCUGAGCUGAGGUUGAGGUGUUUUCAAGGCCAGCUUCAUGGGGUCACUCCGUUUGGUGACUUAACCGUCUCCCACCAGUUACUGAUGGUGACUUACUCAUCCUUGUACAGUGUUUGCAUCACUGAGUAAAGGUUACUUAUUAUCCCUUCUCUGAAGUGCUUGAAAGGAAACCUCCCUGUGUUUCAACCAAUCAGAAGCUAGUUUACCUAGACCUACUAACCUUUUUUCCUUCCCUUUGGGAAAAGUUACAAUUUACUGAUAACACGAAGGCUAGUUGUAUCCCGGAGGAAAUAAGUCCAGUAUUAAUUUUUGUCUAAAUCACUGGGGUAAAAACUCUUCUAGCCAUCUAGAUCAAUUAGAGACUCAGAGGCAGUGGAGGUCCCCAGCCCAGAGGUGGCCUAUGGAGGAGUCGCUCCAGGGCAUUCCCCUGCCCCCGCCCCCGGCUUAGAGACGGAAGUUAGAGAUGGAGGUUGGAGCCGACGCAGGGGCGAGGGAGGGGCUGGGCAUCUCAGGGGAGGGCUUAGCCCUCCAUGGGCCUCUCUUCUCCUUUCUCAAGUCUUCUGUAGUCAACUGACUCCUGCAUCUGGCGGUGGGAUGAGCCCGCACAGUUGAUGGUAGGUGAGUUUAAAGUCUUAAUCUAUGCAUUCAGAGAAAUAUUUUUAUAUGCUUUGUGUAAUUUAUAACAAGGACUUUUUUUUUUAGCUUUGUUAACUGUGAAUUCACCCCUCCUCCACUGCAUAUUUAAAGCAUGUGUUCACACGGUGUGUAAACAUUCACUGAAGACUUUUUUUCUUUGUGCAUUGCCGACUGUUCAGACAUAACGAGUAUUAUUAAAAUCAAAUAUUAACGGA